AGCAGAGCAUGUCAGCCUUAGAUACAAAUGGCCGGCCGUAUUCUCCCUCACGGAGUUGAGCGACGGGUCGUGAGGAGGAGGAGGAGGAGGAGAUGAGCUGCAACGGGUGCAGGGUGCUGCGCAAGGGGUGCAGCCGCGCGUGCGUGCUGCGGCCGUGCCUCCGAUGGAUCGACACGGCGGAGGCGCAGGGCCACGCCACCGCCUUCGUCGCCAGGUUCUUCGGCCGCGCCGCCUUCAUGUCCCUCCUCUCCGCUGUCCCCGACUCCCAACGCCCCGCCCUGUUCCAGUCGCUGCUCUUCGAGGCGUGUGGCCGGACCAUCAACCCCGUGGGCGGCGCCGUCGGGCUGCUCUGUACCGGCAACUGGCAUCUCUGCCAGGCCGCCGUCAACGCCGUCCUCAACGGCGACGCCCUCGCCCCCCUUCCCAGCCAUCCCACCACCGGCAGCUUCCCGCCGACCCCAGUGUCCGACGCCAAGCGGCGCAGCGCGGCGUCCCCGUCUUCCUCCUCCGCUUUCUUCCCCCGAGACAUGGACCUGUGGUUGUUUCCGAGGCCGGCCGCUGGCGCCAGCGAAGAGACGCCAUAUAUGAACUCGGAGGGGUCGGUGGCGACGGCCAGCGGCGCACCGACGCUGCUCAACCUCUUCGGUUGA